AUGCGUCAAGAAUUAUCAAAUUUUCAAUUAGAAAAAUCGACUAUUUCUCUUUGUACAGCAGUAGUAGUAACAUCAUCAACUACCAAAUCACAAACACCAAUUGCUAUUACUUGGACUAAUCAAUUAGAAGUCUGAGUCGAUGGUGCUAAUAUUACAUGAGGAAUAAAUCCUAUCUUAUUUUGUAAAAUAGCCGAGGAUCUGCAGAAUACCUAUCAAGCAGUAUUCAGAAUUUUGUAGGCUUGUCCAUACUAAACAAAAUGUCGAAUAUAAUCUUACAGAUAGUUGUGGGUGUACGAGUAGAAUUUUAUAAGUAGUGACAGAAGUUAAACUCCGCAUAGGCAUACUGAAAUUGCACACUCUAAACACGGUAGAAAUUCUAAUGAUGAAAGUAAGAAAACUAACAGAAUUUUAAAGGAAUUCUGUUACGAAUAACAGAAGAUCAACUUCCAAUACUCAUGGUAGAAUUGUAUAUCUCAAAUAGAAUAUAAACAGAAUUCUGUUACAAGUAACGGAAGACGAACUUCGAAUACUCAUACUAGAAAGGUAUACUUCCACGAAGAAAGAAAUUCUAAUCAAGAAUUCAAAGAAAAACAGCAAACUUCAAACAGAACUGUUUUAUAGUCGUCAGAAGAAGAUAACAUUUUCUAUAUACGUUCAAAUAAAGAUUACAGAGUAUAAACACACCAGAAGAGAAUUUCUACCAUGUUUUUGAGAACACAGAAUUCUACAGAAUUCUCUUAAGAUUAGGAAUAAAAACAGGCUGGGAGAGAAUCCUAAUAUCCAAUGAACACCAACGCUUAUAUAUGUCGUUUUUGAGAACAUAGAACUCUACAGAAUUCUAAACAGAAUAUAAACAGACUAGGACAGAAUUGUAGUAUUGAAUGAUUACGAACACUCAUAUACGUUGUCUUUGACAAAAUAGAAGUCUACAGAAUUCUAUCAUGAAUAUAAACAGAUCACGAUGGAAUUCUCAUAUUCCUGAUCAUCAACGGUUAUAGACGUUGUCUCGGAGAGCAUAGAAUUUUACAGAAUUCUAACCAGAAUACAAUCUGCUAUUAACAUCGUUUUCCCGUGUAAAAGCUUCCAAAGUAUAUCGUCUGAUGUUUUGGUUAUUCUCUUUUGUAAUUAUGGAUAGUGAAACAAGGCGUUGAUUGUGUUUCUUUUCUCAGAACAGAACUAAAAGAUGAUUGAUAUAUACGUCAAUGGCUGUGAGCAAAGAAGUAUUUAUUUUGAUUUGUGGUAGCUCUGCUCUCGAAUUUUCUCUUU